CCUCCAGCUCACUCCCACACUCUCACUCCCCCCAUUCUCACACUCACUCCAAGCUAGCUUCACGCUUUCAGCUUCUCUGCGCGCAAUCAGGCGCAAUGGCGGCGCUUCUCUAUCUGCUGCCGGCCCUGCUCCUCCUCCUGCUGCUGCUCCCGUCUACCCCCGCGGCGACGUCGUCGGCGCUGCUGGGCAUCAGCUACGGUCGCGUGGGCAACAACCUCCCGCCGGCCACCUCUGUGCCGCCGAUGCUCGGCUCCCUCGGCGUGGGCCGCGUCCGCCUCUACGACGCCGACCCCGCCACCAUCCGCGCCUUCGCCAACACAGGCGUCGAGCUCGUCGUGGGCGUCCCUGACGAGUGUCUCGCCUCGGUUUCCACCCCUGACGGCGCCGCUGCCUGGGUCCGUUCCUCGAUCCAGCCUGCGCUCCCGGCCACCAAAAUCGCCUUCCUCACAGUCGGCAACGAGGUGCUCACUGGCGCCAACAGCUCCUCCCUCUCGCGCUACCUCCUCCCGGCGAUGCAGUGCCUCCACGACGCUCUCGAGCAGGCCGGGCUGGGCAAGCAGGUCGCCGUCACCACCGCGCACAACCUCGGCGUGCUCGCGACGUCGUACCCGCCGUCGUCGGCCUACUUCCGCAAGGACUUGCUCCCGAUGCUCUGCCCGAUCCUCGACUUCCACGCGCGCGCCGGCUCGCCGUUCCUCGUCAACGCGUACCCCUACUUCGCCUACGCCGAGGACCCUACCGGCGUCAAGAUCGAGUACGCGCUGCUCGAGCCGGGGUACGCCGGCGUCGCCGACCCUGUGUCCGGGUUGCACUACACCAACAUGCUCGCCGCGCAGGUCGCAGCUCUGUUCUCUUGCUAA